CCGGGAGCAGCUCUCAAUCCCGGGUGAGGCACCGAGCACUUGAGCUAUUUCAGCCACAUGCAAAGCAUCGGAAUUGAGAUCGCAGCUCAGAGGACACCAGGCAUCCCUUUCACCUUCUAAGGAGCCUUGUAUUCUUGCACCUGGCUGCCUGGGACUCUCCUUAGGCAGUCAACAAAUACAUAAAGCAGGGAUAAGACUGCGUGAAUAUGUCGAAACAGCCAGUUUCCAAUGUCAGAGCCAUCCAGGCAAAUAUCAAUAUCCCAAUGGGAGCCUUUCGGCCAGGAGCGGGGCAACCUCCUAGAAGAAAAGAAAGUUCUCCAGAAACAGAGGAGAGUGCUCCUCCCACCUCGGAUGAGGAAAAGAAGCCAAUUCCAGGAGCAAAGAAACUUCCAGGACCUGCAGUCAACCUAUCGGAGAUCCAGAAUAUUAAAAGUGAACUGAAAUAUGUCCCCAAAGCUGAACAGUAAUUGGAGGAAAAAGGCAUGACGUGAAGAAUUGAAGAGUAAGAGAACAGAUUAAAAUGAAAAUAGCUCACUAAAAAUUUUAUAUAUUUGUAUGAAGAUUAUGAACCUCCUGAAUGUCUGAGACUAGCAGAAACGUCCUGUUUAUACAUUUAUAUCUCUUCCUUCUAGUUGGCUGCACUUCAUACUUUAAUUUUUCUUCAUGUUUGGCACCUUGUAGAACACAUAGUUCAAGAAUCCACCUCCUGGGAGGUGUAGUUUUGAGGAAGAAUAUGAUUUUACAGAGAGAGAUAUGGUCAUAUGCAUAACAGUGAUUGUGAUUGGAAGCUCUAUAAGCUACUUCCCACACUAUUUUGGUCAUUAUUUGGAAUGUAUUUUAGUUCUUCACCUUCUAAAUUAUGUCAAUAAAGUUUUUAUGAGUUCAAAUAAAUAUGCAAGUAAAUGUAAAA